AUGGCCCAACACAGCCCAAGCAGCCCAAGGAAACCAAAGGAAAACAAGUGACAGAGGCAUGACUGUGCCCCAGGCAUUCGCACUGGGGCCCCUCCAUGGACCUGCAGAUCCCCUGAUGGAGUCUCAGUCCUCCCCUCAAAGCUUGGCUGAACGCUUCCUGGAGGAGGAGCUUCGGCUCAAUGCUGAGCUGAGCCAACUGCAGUUUUCAGAGCCUGUGGGCAUCAUCUAUAAUCCCGUGAAGUAUGCGUGGGAGCCACAUCGCAGCUACGUGACUCGCUACUGCCAGGGCCCCAAGGAAGUGCUCUUCCUGGGCAUGAACCCGGGACCUUUUGGCAUGGCUCAGACUGGGGUGCCCUUUGGGGAAGUGAGCAUGGUCCGGGACUGGUUGGGCAUUGGGGGGUCUGUGCUGACCCCUCCCCAAGAGCACCCUAAGAGACCAGUGCUGGGACUGGAAUGCCCACGGUCAGAGGUGAGCGGUGCUCGAUUCUGGGGCUUUUUUCGCAACCUCUGUGGACAGCCUGAGGUCUUCUUCCGUCACUGCUUUGUCCAUAAUCUGUGUCCUCUUCUCUUCCUGGCUCCUAGCGGGCGCAACCUCGCCCCUGCUGAGCUGCCUGCUAAGCAGCGAGAACAGCUUCUUGGGAUCUGUGAUGCGACCCUCUGCCGGCAGGUGCAGCUGCUGGGGGUGCGGCUGGUGGUGGGAGUGGGGCGACUGGCAGAGCAGCGGGCACGGCGGGCUCUAGCAGGCCUGAUGCCAGAGGUCCAGGUGGAGGGACUCCUGCAUCCCUCUCCCCGUAACCCACAGGCCAACAGGGGCUGGGAGGCAGUGGCCAAGGAAAGACUGAAUGAGUUGGGGCUGUUGCCACUGCUAAUGAAAUAAGUGCCUCUGGGGCUUGGCACAGCACACAUUUCAAGGCCCCCAAGUCAUUUUUGGGCAAGCAGAUGACUACACAUCUCCUGAACUGGAGCAACAAGGUCCUCCCAGCCUCCCUGGUUGCUGGGAAACAUGUUCUUUGAUCUGUUGAACUGUCUUCCAAUCUGCUGUGGCAGUUUUGACACUACUCUUGCUUGCCAUUUCUUUACCUUCCUUUGAGCAUUGCCCUUUUUGUCUUGUGAUAUCUGACUCCACAGACUCUGACCUGCCGACUGCUCUACCUCAUUGUUUCUUGGGAGCCUCUGUUCAGCUGAGAGUGACCUAGACAAUGACUUCUAAGGACAUAUUUGCUAUUUCAGAGGAAAGAUCUUGCCAGGAUCCCUACUCAUCCUUAUAGAACCGCUUCCUUUGGUUGAUCCCUUUCCUCACAGGGACCAGGACAAAGUAUGGGACAUGAUAUCAAGAGUGAACUUCUUAUGGGGAACUGAGGCUGGAUCAGAGGGAGAAUUCAGUGUGACAGUGGGAAAGUCAGAAGACCUGGAUUUUCAUCCCAGCUUUGAGACUUGUGAACUUUGUGAUGGACAAAUUGCUUAACCUCUGUGAGCCUCAGGAUUCCCAUCUAUAAAAUGGGAAUGCCUACCUCAUGAGAUUGGUGUGAGGAUUAAUUGAGAUAACACUCAGAAGCGCCUUGCAUAGGCCUGGCUCGUGGAUGCUCAUUACAUACUCUCCUGUUUGUUUUCUUGCCUCUGGGUUGGAGAGUCACUACACUACAAGGGAAGCCUCUCUCCACUCUGAAGAUUUGUUGAGGGAGAGUCUGGGCCCCCACCUGUGGCCUGGGUGAGGUGCAAAUUCCUACCCUUCCAGAAAUGGACCAAUGACUUUAUGAAAAACCCAGCUUGUGAUUUUUCAGUCUAAGCAUUAAAAGCUCCUAAAUCCUU